UAAAAAAAAGAUCUAUUAUUUUAUUUCUUGACAAAUUGAUUUUUUAUAAGAUGAUUUCACCUGUUUUUAAUUAUUAUUAUAAUUGCAUGAAGUUCUUAAAUUUUGAAUCAUAAAAUUAAACCAAUUUUUUAUUUUGGAAUAAGCACAAAAUUUUGCAUAGAAUGGGUAUUAUAACCAGCAAAAAUACAAGACGUAUAAGUUUCGAUAAUACAUUUACCAUGACUCCAGUUCUAAUUCAAAAACCUAUUGAAGAUAUUGAUCAUAAAAUAGCAAUUGAUAAUUUUGAGAAGAACAUUCCGUCAGAAAUAAACUAUAAAGACACUAGCAAUGGGUUAAUUGAAUUGCGAGAUGAGGACUAUGAUUAUUGGGCUCACAGAAUAGAAUCUCUUAAGAAUAACCAUCAAGAAAUAAGUCAGAUUAUAGAAGAAGAGUUUCAAAAAACAAUCGAUAAUACUCACAAAUUAUUCCAUCCCCCAAAAAUAACGCAAGAAAAAAUACAAAAAAUUAAACCUUGUUUUGACUGGCAAACAAAGAUUUUGCAAUGCUAUGAAGAUAAUCCUCGACAAACGUUAAAGUGCUCAGCUUUAGUGCAAGCAUUCAGCAACUGUGUAUCAUCGUGCCAACUUGAAGAUUAAGUUCUAU